AUGUGUGAUUCUUCUCAGUCGACUGCGGACGUGCUGAUCAUCGGCGGUGGUCCUGCUGGUUCAAAUGCGGCGUGGGAGUUAGGACAAGCCCACCACCGUGUGAUUCUGUUCAAUGCAUCCAUUGACCGUCUCCGCGAUCCAGACGUGAACACGGCUUCCACGCGACCGGCUCUGGACCUCCUUCUCCAUUCCCGACGUAAGACUCCCGAUGUCUUCCGCCCCUUUCGACAAGAGAUCGGUAAGGAAAGCUCCGAGGUCAGUGUACACAAUCAACGGAUUACUCAGGUGCAACGACUACCGAACGGGUUCUUUCAAGCGGAGGACGAUGUUGGUCAUGUCUGGACGGCAAAAGUCCUAGUUCUGGCCGACGGCGCUGAGGAGAUCUUGCCUGAUAUUGACGGGUACGACACAUGUUGGGAACAACAGCGCAUAUUGACGCACCCCGCUGAAGAUGAGCCGCGCUCUCUCAUCUCUAGUUGUCUGGCCGUGUUGGCGGUCGGCGACCUGGCGGAGUUGACGAUGGCGCUGCAUACGGUGUGGCAGGCACGACAGUUCGCGGCGUCGGUCCGUGUCUACACCCAUGGUGAUGAGGAUCUCGCCCGAGCCCUGGAGACGCGGAUUUCCCCAGACGCACGAAUCGCCAUUCAGACGACCCCCAUCCAGUCCUUACAACCCGGGAGCGAUUCCCCAUCUCAGGUCGUGGUUCACCUUGCGGAUGGCAGCUCGAUCGUUGAGUCCCAUGUCUAUCAUCGUCCCGCAUCUCAACUGCAAGGGCCAUUUGCCCGUCAGUUGAAUUUGGAAUUAACCGAAUCGGGUGCCAUUCGCAUCUCGGCGCGUGUCCCUUACAUGACCAGUCUGGACGGUGUGUACGCGGGGGGGGAUUGCGCGUCCCUCGGACAACGCACGUUGUUCAAAGCAUUAGCCAUGGGCCAGGGGCUGGCGGCGGCUGUGGCAGCGCGGCUAGAGCGGGGGAACUGGGGGAAUGCCGUGGAGGAACAGGACUGA